AUGGGCAUCUUCCCCAUGUGGUCGGGACAUGUGGACUGGAGACCUGUCGGCCCUACUCCAUUGGUUUACUCGUCGUCACCGCACCUCGCGCGACGACAGUUAGGAUCUGCUGCCUAUGGCACUGAAAUUGGCGCCUCUCAGCAUGGCGCGUCUCAAUGUCGAGCUACUCACUAUGGUGCUGGUCUGUAUGGUGCUGGUAAUCAGCUUGAAGCCCUUCAGUCUGGAUCUCAGCAGCAAGGAAUUCGCCCCAUUUUGACCCAGCAGACCAGAACUGCCCAAGUUAAUACUUCACCCAUCAGAGCUCCUCAAGUCAGAGCUCCCAAGGUUGAGCUUUCCCGAAUCGAUACAGUUAACGCCAGCGACGACAUUGCCGCCAGCGAUGACAUUGCCGCCAGCGAUGUCGUAACUGGUAACCUUAUGAUCCAUGACAUUGCCGCCAGCGAUGUCGUGACUGGUAGCAUUGUGAUGGAAACUAAGUUUGUCACCAACCGCAUCGUCGCCGCCAGCGACGUCGUUGGCACUAACACGGGUAACGCUGUCGAGACCAGCGUUACCAGCACCAGUGGCGCGGACACCAACUUCCGCAACACCGACGUCCGCAACCCUGAUACUAACUGA